AUGGCUGCCAACGACCCAGCGGCGCCUGCUAAUAUGGGCGGACGAUCCGACCGACGUUCUCCCCCUCCUGCUUCUCACUCCAAGCGAGAUCGCAAGAGGCAAGCUCUUAUGGAACGACUCUCCAGUAUGACCGACAAGUUCCACCGGGAGCGGGAUAUGACAUACCGCGACCAGUUGCAGAAAAUCCAAUUCGACAUCAAUCUUGUUCAGCGCUUCGAUCCCUACGAUCCCAAGAUUCUCCAGGUCAUCGGCGAGCUUCAGCAGGAACAUACGAAUACUCAGGGCCCUCCGGUUCACGCCGAGGAUGCUCGAAGCUUGCUGGACAUGGCGGGUAUUCGGUUUUCUGAUUUUAUGGCCGAGAUUGAAGAUCUCGUAGAAAUUCGUGACUUUCAACUGACACAGUCCAAGGUGAGAAGGUGUUGCACGCCACGCAAUCAUGUUUUUUUUACUAACCAUCCACGCCAACAGAACGAGUACGAACGAAGACUUCGAGAAUACGAAAACACUUUUGCAUACAAGGUCGAAACCGCAAAGCGCGAGCACAAGGCUCUUACGAGCACUCUCCGCGAUCGGUUAAUCAACACCCUUACCCACAAGAAGAAUCGACUUAAUCGCGAGAAGGAGGUGUUGGAAAUCAACGACUCCAAUGCAUUGCUACUUAAUCCGAACCAGUUCAGCCUGACCAACCCUGCGAGCCCCGGCGGUCCCCACGGCAAGCGAGCCACACGUCUGCGUAAGGACGCUGACGAUUUGCAAAUGUACUCGGACAACAAGAAGCGGAAGCGGAACGCCAACGACGACGACGGCUCGCCUGUCCCGACUCGACGUGCCCUUGACAACCACAACACCACUCCUCUUUGGCAGUCUGAGAAGGCUCGCGCUGCUGCCAAGCAGAACGGUCCCGUCUAUAGUAUUGACAAGCUGUUUACCGACAAGGAGUUGUCGCUCAACUACAACACAGCUGCUCUCGCUGCGCAUCAAUACAUUCUUCGCAACCGCGUGAAUGGCGGCGGCGGGUCGCCGGAUGAUAGUGAUUCUGGCCAGGGCGAUGCCAACGGCGACCAGGACGUUGAUUCUCUACCUUCGGCUCCUGCAAUGGAGCGCUCGGUCUCUCACGCCACUCGUAGCAACCGUGGCGGCGCUGCCCAGAACUUCAUUGACAGCAAUAUUCUCGGUGUUGAGGGCGUCGCCAACUUCGAGGUUAACAACCUAGACAUUUUGCACUCCCAAGAGCCACCCAAGAUGCCUCCUCCCGUACCUCAGCAGUACCUCAAGCCUUACCCUCGUACCGCCGAUCAGAACUUCCCUGUUCCCCUGUCAAAUGACGACAUUACCUCUGAUCUGUCAGUCAUGGGCUACUUCAAGCAGUACGAUGCUGCACACAAACCCGGAGCUCACCUGGACAACCCAGCUGGAAUGCGUAAGGUUCUUGCAGCUGUGGCGGUACCUUACCAGAACUCCCAGUACGUGGCUUUCACCAGCGUUCCACGAGAAGACCCAGAACACCUCCGCGAUUCUCUUGGUCUGCCUGCCAUUAGCAGCCUGCGAGAUCAACCCAGCCCUGCGAACGCUGCCGCAGCCCCUACAGUGGCUGCCCUGUCAAGUGCUGCAGUGCCAAUGAGCCGCCAGAGUAGUGCCGGCGGCGUUGCCAUGAGUCGUCAGGGAAGCAGCAACACCCGUGGCAAGGGACGCAAGUAA